UUUUGCGUAGCGGAAGUGACGCGAGACAUAGCGGAAGUCCCUCCAGACACGGUGUUGUGCUCUGGGGAAGAGAGGAGGAUUUGUAAACCCCGGAGCAAGGUUCUGCCUACCCGAGGCCGCUGCUGUGCGGAGACCCGGGGUGAAGCUACCAUCACCAUGUCUGACCAGGAGGCCAAACCUUCAACUGAGGACUUGGGUGAUAAGAAGGAAGGAGAAUACAUUAAACUCAAAGUUAUUGGACAGGAUAGCAGUGAGAUUCACUUCAAAGUGAAAAUGACAACACAUCUCAAGAAACUCAAAGAAUCAUACUGUCAAAGACAGCUGGGAAUGGAGGAAGAAGAUGUGAUUGAAGUUUAUCAGGAACAAACAGGGGGUCAUUCAACGGUUUAGAUAUUCUUUUUAUUUUAUUUACUUUUCCCUCAGUCCUUUUUUAUUUUUAAAAAUAGUUCUUUUGUAAUGUGGUGUUCAGAAUUGAAUUGAAAACUGACCCCUACCCUCUAUGUCUUUAAAACAUCUGGUAAUUUGAAUUCUAGUGCCCAUUCAUUAUUGUUUUGUUUUCAUUGUGCUGAUUUUUGGUGAUCAAACCUUAGACCCCUUCAUACAGCCCUCUCCUUUUUAAACAUUACAUGUGUGCACAGAGAGGCCACCUUUUUCAGGACUGUGCAUUUUCAGGCUUGUGAUAAAUGAGGUCGACCAAUGCAAGUGUUCCUAAUGACAUUUCUAAUUGGCCGGGAAGUUCUAGCUUGUGAUUGCUUCACUCCUGGACUAUGACUUUCAGUGGGAGAUGGAGGUUUUUCGGAGAACUGAACUGUGGAAAAUGACCUUUCCUUAACUUGAAGCUACUUUUAACAUCUGAAGGUCUGGACCAAAAGAAGAGAAAUAUCAGGUUGGAAUCAAGGUGACAGAUAAAGCGAAAGUAAAGACUAACUCCAAAGAUGGCUUCCCUGAAGAAAAAGCAUUUUAAGAGUAAAGAAAAAUCUUGUCAGAAGAUCCCAGAAAAGUUCUAAUUUUCAUUAGCAGUUAAUAAAGUUAUUCAUGCAGAAGUGUAUACAACAGAACACUGCUCUUUUUUAUUUUAAUUUGUACUUUUUGGCCUGGGAUAUGGGUUUUAAAUGGACAUUGUCUGUACCAGCUUCAUUAAAAUAAACAAAAUAUUUGUAAAAAUCA